AUGUCUUCAGAAAAGUGUCCAGUCCAUUCACAACAGGCCGGUGGAUAUGCCUCCUGGCUACCUUCAUUCGGCCAAUCUGCAACCUGCCCUUUCGCAAAAGAUGCACCAGAAGGCGCUGAGUGUCCCAUCUCUAAAAAGAUGAAGGCUAUCAAACCAAUUCCAGGCCCUCCAGGCCUACCACUUGUUGGGAAUAUUUUUGAUAUAGAUCUUGUAACGCCGUUGAAAACACUUGAAGGGUUUGCAGACCAAUAUGGACCAAUCUAUAAACUUAGCUUAGGGGGUAAAGAGCUUCUGGUUCUCAGCUCUUGGGAACUAAUUCAUGAGUGUUGUGAUGAGAAACGGUUUGCGAAACAAGUCGCGGGAGGUCUAGAACAAGUCCGAAAUGGGGUUGGAGAUGGUUUAUUUACAGCGUAUACUGGAGAGGAGAACUGGGGAAUUGCGCAUAGGAUUUUGAUACCGGCCUUCGGGCCUCUGACUAUUCGAGGCAUGUUCGAUGAAAUGACGGACUUGGCGAAUCAACUGGCGUUAAAAUGGGCACGUCUUCCGUCUGGUGCUUCUGUUGAUGCCUCAGAGGAUUUUACUCGUCUGACACUUGAUACUAUCGCCCUUUGCGCCAUGGGCGCCCGCUUCAAUUCAUUUUAUACCGAAAACCAACAUCCAUUUGUUGACGCCAUGGUCGACUUCCUAAUCGAGUCUGGAAACCGUGGCCGACGGUUACCUGCUAUGAAUAUGAUCCCCACUCGUGCGAGCGAAGCUUAUUUUAAGGAUAUCGAUCUGUUGAAACGAGUUUCUUAUGACCUUCUUAAAGAGAGGAGGGACACUCCGUCUGAUAAGAAGGACUUACUGAAUGCUAUGAUCAAUGGCAAGGACCCACAGACUGGGAGAGGACUCACGGACGAACUUAUUGUCAACAACAUGAUUACUUUCCUAAUUGCGGGCCAUGAAACCACUUCUGGAACUCUUGCGUUCACAAUGUAUAACCUGCUCAGGAAUCCACAAACAUACAAGAAGCUACAAGAAGAAAUCGACCGAGUUGUUGGACGAGAGCCGGUUAAUCUUGAACAUCUUGCGAAGCUACCGUACACCAACGCCGUCCUCCGCGAAACGCUACGAUUAAGCUCUCCGAUCACCGCUAUUGGAGUUCGCCCGCAUCCUUUCGAUAACCACGAAGACCCAAUUCUUAUCAACGGCCAAUACCAAGUUGGACAUGAUCAAUCGAUACUUUUGCUGGUCAAGAAAAUGCACAAAGAUCCUGCGGUCUAUGGGUCUGACGCGGAAGAGUUCAAACCGGAGCGCAUGCUCGAUGAGCCAUUCAACAAACUACCACCGGAUGCCUGGAAACCAUUCGGAAAUGGAAUGAGGGCCUGCAUUGGACGACCAUUCGCAUGGCAAGAGAUGCUCAUUGUAAUGGCAGUUCUCUUCCAAAAUUUUGAUUUCUACAUGGCAGACUCAGGGUACCAGCUUUCUAUCAAGCAAAAUCUUACUAUAAAACCUAAGGACUUCCGUUUGAAAUCGAAGUUGCGUCAUGGGUUGACUCCAAUUACUCUUCAGCAUUUCCUUGGAGGCGGCGGACAUGCUGCUCAGACAGACGUCACAAAUGCUGGGCUAAACAACGGUACUGCUAACGAAGACGAUUCGGCGAAGCAGCCUAUGCACAUAUUCUACGGCAGUAAUACAGGAACUUGCGAAGCCUUUGCCAACCGUCUUGCGCUCGACGCUUCUGCUCGCGGCUAUAAGGCCAAGGUUGAAGUUUUAGACGCAGCGUCUAAAAACCUACCGAAAGAUGGUCCUUUAGUACUCAUCACAGCUAGCUUUGAGGGACAGCCCCCAGAUAACGCCACCCACUUCUACGAGUGGAUUAAAUCGUGCAAAGGUGAAGAGGCAAAGGGUAUCAAGUUUGCUGUCUUUGGAUGUGGCCACCAUGACUGGGCUUCGACUUAUCAGCGUAUUCCGACACAGUGUGAUGAGUUAUUGGGAAGUUUAGGGGGCGAACGACUCUGCGAAAGAGGAGCGGCGGAUGCUGGUGCUGGGGAUAUGUUUCAAGACUUCGGCAACUGGGUUGACGAAAAGUUUUGGCCUUCUCUCGGGAGCGUAGCGAAUAAUGCUAAAUCUACAACAAAAUCAGGUCUCAAGGUUUCUGUCUUUGUUGAGAACCGACCGAGCGUUCUUGGACAGAACCUGAAAACUGGUGUAGUGGUUGAAAAUAGGAAGUUAACGGCCGAGGAUGUGCCAGAGAAACGGCAUCUUGAGGUCAAAUUACCGACCGAAUAUUCGUAUAAGGUUGGCGAUUACCUUGCAGUUCUUCCAACGAAUCACGAGUCGGCUGUAAAGCGAGCAAUGAGGAGGUUCGCUCUUCCAUGGGAUGCAGCGCUAAAAAUUACGUCCGAGAUGCCGACUACCCUCCCAACCGAUACAAAUAUCUCUGCCGGGGAGUUACUUUCUUCAUAUGUGGAAUUGUCGCAACCGGCCACAAAGCGUGAUCUCAUCACCAUAGCUCAAUGCUGCAAUGAGGAUGAAAUCAAAAAAGAGAUCCUAGAGCUUGCAAACGACACGGAAAGAUUCGGGAAAGAAAUCUCACAACCUAGAAUAUCGACUCUUGACUUUCUCGAAAGAUACCCUACGAUCCAAAUACCAAUCGGAGACUAUCUUGCCAUGCUUCCGCCAAUGAGGAUACGCCAAUACUCAAUUUCUUCUUCCCCGCUUUCUAGCCCAGGAAGUUGCACGCUGACCUACAGUGUGCUCAAUGAGCCCUCAUUGGCGGACUCUGACCGCAAGCAUCUCGGUGUGGCCUCUAAUUAUCUUUCGUCAUUGGAGAAAGGUGAUAAAGUCCAAGUUGCUAUCCGCAACUCCCACGGCGGCUUUAAUUUACCAUUGGAUGUUGCUUCUGUCCCGAUUAUUAUGAUUGCUGCAGGCUCAGGACUUGCACCAUUCCGUGGCUUCACCAUGGAGCGUGCCGCUCAGAAGGCCGCUGGACGGGAUUUAGCACCUGCCAUGCUAUUCUUUGGAUGCAAGCAUCCAGAAAAGGAUAGCUUGUACCCCGAUGAACUAAUGGAAUGGUCCGAAAUGGGUGCGGUUGAUGUCCGAUUUGCUUAUAGCCAAGCCCGCGAGCUUAGUGAGGGUUGUAAACAUGUUCAGGACCGAUUAUGGCACGACCGAGAAGAUGCGAUCAAGCUUUUUGCAGACAAAGGAAAAAUUUUUGUUUGCGGCAGCCGGGAAGUCGGAAGUGGGGUUAAGGAUAUGUGCAAGAAGAUCUACAAAGAUGGAAAGGAAAAGGAGGGACAAGCAAUCAGCGACGAGGAUGUCGAAGAGUGGUUUGAGGGAUUGGGCAAGGAGCGGUUUGCUACGGAUGUAUUUGCAUAA